AUGCGCAGUGCUUGCCUUGAGGGUUCUUCCAGGCUCAGAGCUUCCCACGUGCAACUGGCUCAAGAGAUUUGUCGAGCAAAUGCUUAUGCUGCGCGUUACCGGCAGAUUGCCAUUGAGCCGCGCCUUGUGCAUGUACUAGAUGCGUCGCCCUCAAGCAAGACUCGGCCUGUGCUGCACGAUUCCAGCUGGAUCGAUGCGCGGCGAUCAAGUCUGCAGCCCUUUGGUGUAGCGAUCAAAUGUAUGCGUUUGGGGAGAGGCUUCCAGAGAUGCAGCGGAUGUGUAAAGUAUGCCUCGAGCUCCGAUGCAUUUGCCCUGAAAGCUCGCACGGUUUCGGAUGCGAGUCAGAGUUUGGUCGUUCGAUGCCGGGACGUCGUCACCUUCUCCCGGCUGAUCAAAGCCUGUGGCCAUCAACGUUGGCAGCAGGCCGUAUGGUACUUGGCCGAGCUUAGACACAGCAGGUUGCAGCAGGACAUCAUCCCCUACAGCAGCGGCAUCAGCCUGCUGACACGUGCGAGGCAGUGGCGCGCUGCACUGCAGGUUUUUGUCGAGUUGCCGUGGUUUCUAUCGCCAGAUGCGGGGACCUUCUCUGCUGCUUUGACAGCCUGUCGCAUCGGCAGCUGCUGGCCGUUGUCGCUGCUUCUGCUUGAGAAGGCACAUGCUUUGAUGGUUACUCCUGAUGAAGUUGGCCACAAUGCCAUCGCCGCGGCUCUGACGCAGGGAGGACAAGUGGAGGCCGCCUUGCACAUGGCGAAACGUGUGGCGAACUUCAACUCCAUCAUCAUGUCCCUGCGAAACCAGCUUGCUUGGCCCUGGGCCUUGUGCGUACUGGACCAAAUGCAGAGACUGCGCAUAGCGCCAAAUUUGGGCACCUUCAAAUCGAGUGCAAGCAUAUUCUCUGAAGACAAACCUGACAUGAUUCUUCCACUUCUCCAGAAGUUAAGCUUACCUCAGCUUGACAGGACAGCGCACAACAUGCUCAUGAGUUCCUUGGAAAAGUGCCAUCUCUGGAAAGCUGCCUUGUACUAUUUCCACGAGACUUCGUGGGAACCGCCAGACCUCACGGCGUACAACACUGCCAUCAGCGCCUGCGCCAAAGUCGGGCGUUGGGUUUGGGCGAUUGAACUGCUGCGUGAGAUGAAGCAGGGGGCGGUUGCAGCUGAUGAGAUCACCUUUGGUAGCCUGAUCUCUGGCACGAAAAGCCACUGGCGCCUAGCCUUGGAACUUCUCCAGCAAGGGCACAGCAGCCAGGUCCGGCCGAGUCUGGUCUCCAUGCAUUCUGCCGUAGUCGCUUGCGGAGUGCAGUGGCCCAAAGCUACGUACCUCUUGCAGGAGUCCAUGCAGCGGCGGAUCGUUCCAGACGCUACGAUGCUUGGAGCGGUCAUGUCCAGCUUGGAGAAGGGCCAGCAGUGGGCGCGUUGCCUGCGGCUCCUGGGGCUCCUGGCCGUGUCGGGCGGCGUCGACCUGGCGGCGCUGAGCUGCGGCCUCAGCGCCUGCGCCAAGGCGCACCGCUGGGAGCAGACGCUGCACCUCCUCAAGGUUCUGGCCAUUUGGCGCAUACGGCCAAACGCGGUCGUUGCUGGUGCUGCUUUGCCAGCAGUCGCCUCCCAGCCCGAUGGCCGAUAUCAGCAGAUGGCAGAAGUCCUUCUAGACAGCAUGAAUGGGCCUCAAGAGGAACGGAUUCACGUGCCCAGCGGUGGGUUUACUGCAGCACUUGCAAAUCUGAGAGACGUCACCCAAACAGGCUUGCACAAUUACCUGGCUGAGGCACUGGGAUUUGCUUGGAAUUGGCUAGCAUCUGGCAUUGAUUGGCACCUGGAUCCUUUCAUUUCUCGCAUUUCCGGCAUCGAGGAUCUUGUGAAUUUGCGGGACUUGCCUGAGAACCUGGGGCGUGCGACCAUGAGUGAUGCCUUGAACGACGCCUUCAUUCGUGCAGCCUUGAAGACGGCAUUUGGACACAGGCCGGCAUGCCAAUUGGUGCAGAGCAGCGUGCAGGGCUUGGCGGAGCAGCUCGGUCUUGCGCCUCGGAAGCAGCCGAGGCCAGCAAAGUCUGGCAAAGCCAUGCAGCUGGAGGAGCGCCGAACAGUCUUCCGAGGAAAGCAUCGAGGCCACAUUGUGCAGCCGGCAGCAGCCCGAUCUCCAAGGGAAGAGGAAUGCCCAUACCGGCGAUGGCCCUGCAAAAGUAGGUGGGAGGUGAAGAGGAAUGAACCGCGUCACACUGAAAACAUGCUGAUGACAGCGGCUUGCUGGUUUGCAGCCUCCAACAUUGCCAACGACCGAUCUUUAGCGUGCUUGAGUUUGGAUCAAGCCCCGUCGUUGGGCGAGGCGGAAGAGGAAGCGGCCGAACAAGAGGAACAGGUGCAAAAGGUAGAACAAGAGCGAGUGGAGCAAGCACAACAAGGGGAGGAAGAGGAACACGAGGAAUACGAAGAACCCGAGGAAUACGAGGAGUACGAAGAAUACGAUGAAUUAGAGGAAGAUGAGGAACAAGAGGAAGCAGAGGAGGCAGAACAAGGAGGUGACGACCCAGGAAAGGAGGUUCAAGAAGGACAAAGUUCUGGUGAGGAAGAUGUGGACGGCAAUGAUCCGGCUUGGAUUGAGGUCAGCGUGAUGCAGGAGAACGAGGACACGGAGCCAGAUGACUUCGUCAUGAUAGCCAUCGAUAGCUCAUGGAAUGCCCUUCCGGCGAUAUUGCCUAAGCAGACUGGAUAG